CCUCUGAUUAGCUGGAUCUAGCUCCCUAGUGGGUGAAUCUGGCUCCCUAGUGGGUGGAUCUGGCUCCCCAGUGGGUGGAUCUGGCUCCCUAGUGGGUGGAUCUGGCUCCCUAGUGGGUGAAUCUGGCUCCCUAGUGGGUGGAUCUGGCUCCCUAGUGGCUGGGCCUGGCUCCCUAGUGGCCUGUCUCCCUAGUGGCCUGGCUCCCUAGUGGGUGAAUCUGGCUCCCUAGUGGGUGAAUCUGGCUCCCUAGUGGGUGGAUCUGGCUCCCUAGUGGGUGGAUCUGGCUCCCUAGUGGGUGGAUCUGGCUCCCUAGUGGGUGGAUCUGGCUCCCUAGUGGGUGAAUCUGGCUCCCUAGUGGGUGGAUCUGGUUCCCUAGUGGGUGGAUCUGGCUCCCUAGUGGGUGGAUCUGGCUCCCUAGUGGGUGGAUCUGGCUCCCUAGUGGGUGUAUCUGGUUCCCUAGUGGGUGGGCCUGGCUCCCUAGUGGCUGGGCCUGGCUCCCUAGGGGGUCGGCCUGGCUCCCUAGUGGCCUGGCUCCCUCGUGGCCUGGCUCCCUAGUGGGUGGGCCUGGCUCCCUAGUGGGUGGGCCUGGCUCCCUAGUGGCUGGGCCUGGCUCCCUAGGGGGUCGGCCUGGCUCCCUAGUGGGUCGGCCUGGCUCCCUAGUGGCUGGGCCUGGCUCCCUAGUGGGUCGGCCUGGCUCCCUAGUGGGUCGGCCUGGCUCCCUAGUGGCUGGGCCUGGCUCCCUAGUGGGUACAGUAGGUAGGUACAGUACACAGGUUCAGUAGGUAGGUACAGUAGGUACAGUUAACAGAUACAGUAGGUAUGGAAGCCAAAAAACACUUAGUCACACCGUGUCACAGUCACUCCCCUGCUGCCAGAGUCAUCGCAGGUUCCGCCCACCCAUCUCAGCACAAAGCAGCUCUCUAUUCCUCCUUACAGGAUUCACGUCCUCCCCUUUUCCACCAUGGGGAGUGUACAUAUUGUAACACACCUACUAUAUACUGUCUAACAAGGUAUAGUUUUAAUGAUGUAUAACGAAAGAGAACGUUUGGAUGGUUCUUGGAAAACGCACGCGGUCACAGGACUCGGGAGACUUUGAGGCGGGGAGGAGUUACGGUGGUGUUGUUUCGUUCAACUCGAGAUACCGUUUCAGGCAAGACGACAGUAUAGGAAACAUGGUUGACUGGCAGGCUACUUCAUCCAAGAUCUGUGAAACUUAAGUAGCGCGUAUGGUGGUUACACGUGUCUGAGAACGGGACAUGAAGACCUUUGACGGUGACGGCAAUGUAAUGGUGUGUGUGUUUAAAGCCGACGCAUUGCACGCUGAGUAUAUCUACAUUCUUAGUGCGAAGUCUCCCACCGCCGAUUCAUUUGGUUAACGUCUCAUUCCUCUCCAGAAAACGGAUCUCUCCAGAUCAUUCUGGAUCUCUCUCUCCUCGCCCCUAUAGUGGAUUUGGAUGUGGGAUAGUGAUCCCAGACACCUCCGGCACUUCUUCAGCCAGCAGGAGUAUCUUCUAGUGCGACACCCACACCGUCAGCUGGUUCACAGUGGCUACUACUGGGGAUGGGGGAUUCAGUGGAGGGCUCUUUUCUGUAUGAUGGUCAGAGACACUCUGGCAGGAACCACAGUGGAACCAUCGCAGAACCACACGGCACCCACGCAGAACCGGGACGGAACCCAGCAGCUUCCAGGGGAAACCCUAGAACACGUAGAACAACAGAACCACGUUCAAGAACAACAGAACCAACUCCUAGAACUCGAGAACGUUGAACUCUUAGGUCAAGAGAAUGAACUCUUAGAACAACAGAACCUAGAACAUCAGAUCCAACUCUUAGAACUAGAGAAUACGGUCCAGACGAGCACAGACAACCGGACCACACCUCCAGACAAGACCAGUUCUGGCGGUGCCCUCCAUCCCUGGUGGCCUCAACAGAGCAGCUUUAAAGCUACUAGACCCAGUGUCCCUCUCCCCUCGCCAAGCCCCAGUGUCCCUCUCCGCUGGCCAAGCCCCAGUGUCCCUCUCCGCUGGCCAAGCCCCAGUGUCCCUCUCCCCUCGCCAAGCCUCAGUGUCCCUCUCCCCUGUCCAAGCCCCAGUUUCCCUCUCCCCUGGCCAAGCCCCAGUGUCCCUCUCCCUGGCCAAGUCCCAGUGUCCCUCUCCCCUGGCCAAGCCCCAGUGUCCUUCUCCCCUGGCCAAGCCCCAGUGUCCCUCCCCUGGCCAAGCCCCAGUGUCCCUCUCCCCUGCCUUGGACCUCUUCUCCACUUGCCCGAUCCGCCAGCAGGAGUAUCUUCCCAGUGUCAGCUGGUUCACAGUGGCUACUACUGGGGCCCUAUGGAGAUGGAGGAGGCCCACCGCACCCUGCAAGACACACCGCCUGGGAGCUUCCUCAUCAGGGACAGCAGUCAGCCGGACGUCUUCUUCACCCUCAGUUACCACGGCGACCGGGGUCCCGUCAGUGUCCGCGUCCUCCUGACCAGUCAGAGUUUCCGCCUCAACGGCAGUAACAAGGCCUUUGAUUCGUUGUUCUCCUUGCUGCGGUUCUACGUGGAGUCGUCCCAUAGGCGGCUGCGGAGGGCGUGGCGCAGGGAGCGACCCAUGACCUUACAGCAGCUGUGUAGGGGACGGAUCGUGGAGUUGUACGGAGCGGAGAGGAUAGAUUCACUACCUGGGCUUAACCAGGUGGUCAUACAGUAUCUACAGGACUAUCCUUAUAGUAUAUAGACACACCCUCCUACCGGAGAGUUUGGGGCACCACUUCCGUUUCAACAGACUGAAACUCUCUGAACGGUACUGACCCGAAACUACAAUGGAGUGGAGCCCCAGAAAACAGAAUUGGAAUUUGCUGUUUUAUACACUCUCUGUCUCUGUUCUGGUUCUGUGGUUCUGUCUCUGGUCUGGUUCUGUCUCUGUUCUGUGGUUCUUAUCUGUGUGGUUCUGUCUCUGGUCUGUGGUUCUGUCUCUGGUCUGGUUCUGUCUCUGGUCUGUGGUUCUGUCUCUGGUCUGGUUCUGUGGUUCUGUCUCUGGUCUGGUUCUGUCUCUGUUCUGUGGUUCUGUCUCUGGUCUGGUUCUGUGGUUCUGUCUCUGGUCUGGUUCUGUGGUUCUGUCUCUGGUCUGGUUCUGUCUCUGGUCUGGUUCUGUCUCUGUUCUGUGGUUCUUAUCUGUGGCGUUCUGUCUCUGGUCUGGUUCUGUGGUUCUGUCUCUGGUCUGUGGUUCUGUCUCUGGUCUGUGGUUCUUAUCUGUGGCGUUCUGUCUCUGGUCUGGUUCUGUGGUUCUGGUCUCUCUGUGAUUCUGUCUCUUGGGCCAGUUCUAGGCUGGUCAUGUUAUGUACUGUAGUUCUGGUCUGUGGUUCUGAAGGUUCAGUGGGUUGGUUUCCCACACCUUAUUCUAAAAUGGAUUUAAAAAAUGUUUCCCUCAACAAUCUACACACAAUACCCCAUAAUGACAUCACAAUACCCCAUAAUGACAUCACAAUACCACAUAAUGACAUCACAAUACCCCAUAAUGACAUCACAAUACCCCAUAAUGACAUCACAAUACCCCAUAAUGACAUCACAAUACCACAUAAUGACCUCACAAUAACCCAUAAUGACAUCACAAUACCCCCAUAAUGACAAAGCGAAAACAGGCUUUUAGAAUUUUGGGCAAAAAAAUAAAACAGAUACCUUAUUUACAUAAGUAUUCAGACCCUUUUACUAUGAGACUUGAAAUUGAGCUCAGGUGCAUCCUGUUUACAUUGAUCAUCCUUGAGAUGUUUCUACGACUUGAUUGGAGUCCACCGUCUCAAAUGGAAGAAGUUUAGAACCACCAAGACUUCCUAGAGCCGCCCGCCCAGACAAACUGACCAAUCAGGGGAGAAAGGCCCUUGGUCAGUCUUUACUCACAACAUGCUACAUGCUAUUGAGUCUUUGCUAACGAGUGGUCCUUCUGUAGCUCAGUUGGUAGAGCAUGGCGCUUGUAACGCCAGGGUAGUGGGUUCGAUUCU